UACGUCAUAGAGAUAACUACGGAAACCUAACCUGAUAUAAAUGUCAUGUUGCGUGCGAACACCGUGUUAAGCGGAAUAAGAACAAUGGCAACACUGCGUUUGGCAUUGGUACAGUUGAGCGUAGGCGAUGAUAAACCGGUGAACGUUUCGCGAGCCGCAACCUUCAUUGAGCGCGCGAAACAGGAACGUGCCGAUAUCGUGGCAUUGCCGGAAUGUUUCAACUCGCCGUACGGAACAUCCCACUUUGCGAAAUAUGCUGAGAACAUCCCCGGCGGCGAAACAAGCGCGGUUUUGUCCGAAGCUGCGAAAAAAAACAAUAUUUACGUGAUUGCUGGCACGAUACCGGAAAGGGAUGAUGACAAGUUGUACAAUACUUGCACUGUAUGGGCACCCGAUGGAAAGCUCAUAGCUAAAUACAGGAAGAUGCAUUUGUUCGAUAUUGACAUUAAAGGCAAAUUCACCUUUCGUGAGAGCGAUUCCCUGUCGCCCGGCAAUUCCCUUGCCAUCUUUGAAGUGAAAGGUUGCAAGAUCGGUAUCGGCAUUUGCUAUGACAUCAGGUUUGAAGAACUGGCACGACUGUAUAGAAACAAAGGUUGUCAGAUGUUGAUAUACCCGGGGGCAUUCAAUAUGAUCACUGGCCCGCUGCAGUGGUCAUUGCUACAGCGUUCCAGAGCAAAUGACAAUCAAUUAUACGUAGCCUGCAUAUCGCCAGCACGUGGUUCACCGCCUGGAUACGUCGCUUGGGGGCAUACUCAGUUAACUAACCCUUGGGGAGAAAUUCUGAAUGAGUUAGAUGCCGACGAGGGUAUGGUGAUCUCUGAUAUAGAUCUAAAAGUCGUGGAGGAAGCUAGAACGCAAAUUCCCACGAUCAAUCAACGACGUACAGAUUUGUACGAUACUAUUUGGAAAGGGCAAGAUUAGGAAGACGUAACGUAUGGCGAUAUCAGUUACGCGCCAUUAAGCAAUUUUGUACGGCGACAAGUUAUAACGGCGGGCGAUCUAAAUUUCAUACUCGGAUACAUCCUGUCGAUAAACCUCUCGUAUCGAGGUCACACACGAUGCUUGAAGAGAGAUAUGUGAUGCAUAUAUAUCGUAGAUAAGUAUAAUCAUCAAUUUCUAUAUGAAUAAACAUUAUAUUCUUCGAUAUA